UGGUUAAUGCCAAGUUCUACAUGACACACACAGGACACAGUCUCUCUGUGGGUAGCCUACAUCUGACCACAGCUGACAGGGCUAUGGUUGCUGAAUCAAUUGCACAAGGUGUUCCUGAUACUACAAUUUUGAAGAAAGUGAGAGGGAAGAUUCAAGUUGGACUCUUCAGAAGAGUUCAUCUUUUAAGCAAACAUGAUAUUAGAAAUAUUAGGAAAGAAUACAAGCUGGAUUAUAUUACUGCACAUCCAGAUGAUGCAACCAUUGUUGAGCUGUGAGUGAGACAACAAGAGCGCUUAGGGAAAGAUUCCCCGGUGAUUUAUUACAAAGCCCAAAGCACUGGGGAUAAUGGAAACAAAUUAUCAGAAAGUGACUUUAUGAUAGUCCUUAUGACUGAGUACCAGCGGAAAAUGGUAAAAAAGUUCUGUGCAGGAAAUGUUUUGAUAGACAGCACACAUGGCACUAACAGAUAUAUAUUUCAUCUGACCACACUGCUGACCAUGGAUGAAUUUGGUGCUGGAUGCCCAAUUGCUUAUUGCCUCAGUACACAUACUGACACAAGGUCCAAGCAAGUUUUCUUUGAGCAGAUUAAAAAAUAUGCUGGAAGCAUCAAAACAAAGGUAUUCAUGCCUGAUAACUGUGACAACUACUACAGUGCCUGGAGUGUAGUUAUGGGCCAUAGUGAACAUAGGUUAUUAUGUACCUGGCAUGGUGAUCGGGCAUGGAGACGGAAUCUAUGUGCAAAAGUAAAUGGGAAUGCAAUGCUGAAGAGUACUGUGUACAAAGCUCUGAAAACUUUGCACUUACAGAUAGAGAGAAGUUACCAGAGCCGCUGGAUGGCGUGUUAUUUCCAGAAAACUGAAAAAGAUAAAUGCUGGGGGUUAUGGAAUACGGACAGAAAUAAGAAAGAGAAGCAACAUUCAAUGAAAUGCUUUCUCAGACACAAAAAUCACAAAUAUUACAUUCUGAAUCUCCACUUCCUGAUUCAGAAUGCAUUCUGACCACCUCAUCAGUGGAAUCUUGCUGCUUCACUAUAUCUAAAUCACGGGAGUCCGUAGUUUGGGGCUUUUUCCUCCAUUCAGACUCCUUUGAGGUUUUCUUUGCACUGAUCGUUUCUGGUAGAGAUGAUGCGAUUCGACGUCUUCUUGUUUUUUGUUAUAGGCGAUAUGUUGUAGGGACUCCCAGCAACUGGAACGGCAGACAACCCUGGCAGAAAGAAAAUGGUUUGUGUUUAUUUGUGAA